UUAAAAUAAAAAUCAAUUGGAGAUUGAAAAAUAAUGCGAUCCAUGGAAUUAAUCCUGCCGACGUCGAUUUAUUUUCCGAAUCAAACUCCUCCAUUGCUUAGUUCUGCAUUGCUCAAGGUUACGUCCCCCAAAAAAGAAAAUUCAAUUCCCUGCAUUUUUUGGAGAUUCCGCGGAACUCUCUGCUUAAACUUUUUUUUCUCCGCCCCUCUCGUGCAAGCAGUUCUCCUCUUAUCGUCGAUUAGGGAUUAUCACUAUCUUUACCGUACCUGUACUCCAGCCGGCUUCCCUGGUUGUACCUGCUACCUGCUCCUCCGGCUGGCAGUACUCGCGUCAGAUCAUAUAAUUCUCUCCCCCUCCACCAUCUUCGCUCCUCCUUCUCUCCUUCCCCCAUAUCAUUCCCUUCGUGGAUCUGACUUGCUCUCCUCUUUCUUUUUAAGGAGAUUUCGGAAAUCUUAAAAGUGCACGGAUUCCCAUUCGCCACUCGCCAUCAAUACUGUCUCGUUUCUAUUUUUUUUUUUCUUUGUUCUCUCACUAGAUGUCGAACCGACAAGGUACGUCCCUCCAACCGGUGAUGGACUCGAUCCCACCCUAUCCAUUCCUCUCUUUUUUCUUUCUUUUUUUAUUCCCUACCGUCAUUCCCCGUCAAUCUCCAAGGUCCCCUGUCGGUGGCUUUCUCGAAUCACCCCAUCUCACAGGCCCCUUUUGUGUUACUGGUUGGAGCUUCUGUUGUGAUACCCUCGUCUCCUUUGCCUCCCCCCUCCGAUCUCCGGCCUGCUCCGUCUUUUAACUAGAUUCGCCUCCC